GAAGAGCAUUUAGUAAAGGGAUGAAAGUGCAAUUUUCCAAAAAUCUCCUGUCCAAUUCCACCCUCAUUUCUUGAUAUCCCAAAGUUGCCCCCAAUAAAUCCACAGAAUACCGGUAAUGCCCUUAACAUUCCCCCUUCUUUGUCCUCCCUCUCCUGACUUGACUUUCCCAGUUUAUUUUUGAAACCACUGCUGCAACAGAAACACACACACUGCAGCGUGUUUGUGCGUGAAAAAUUGUACGGAGAAGCUAUGGAGGUUGGCGCCAACAACAGCCCUCGCACUGUGGAAGAGGUCUUCAGAGAUUUCAAGGGCAGGCGUAUUGGCUUGAUCAAAGCUCUCACCACCGAUGUUGAAGAAUUUUUUCAACGGUGCGAUCCUGAGAAGGAGAAUCUAUGCCUUUAUGGAUUUCCUACCGAGCAGUGGGAAGUUAAUCUGCCUGCGGAGGAGGUGCCUCCAGAGCUACCGGAGCCCGCUUUAGGUAUAAACUUUGCUAGAGAUGGCAUGCAAGAGAAAGACUGGUUGGCUCUAGUUGCUGUCCACAGCGAUGCAUGGCUACUUUCUGUUGCUUUCUAUUUUGGUGCAAGAUUUGGUUUUGAUAAAGCUGACAGGAAACGCCUAUUCAAUAUGAUAAACGAUCUUCCUACAAUUUUUGAAGUUGUGACUGGGGCUUCAAAGAUGCAAUUCAAGGAUAAAGUGGCUGUCACAACUCACAGUGGAAGCAAAUCUAAGCCAAACUUAAAAAUGGAAAAAUUGUCCAAGCCCCCAAGCAAGGAUGAGGGUGAGGGAUUAGAUGAAGAAGAGGAGGAGGAGGAGGAGCAUGGCGAUACCUUGUGUGGAGCAUGUGGAGAAAACUAUGCACAGGACGAGUUCUGGAUCUGCUGUGACAUAUGCGAGAGAUGGUUCCAUGGGAAAUGCGUGAAGAUAACUCCUGCUAGGGCUGAGCACAUCAAGCAAUACAAAUGCCCAUCAUGUUCUAAUAAAAGAGCACGGCCUUGAUGAUUUGUCUCUAGGUCUAAUGGUAUCGCCAUGGCUGCUGCUAACCAUCUAGUUGUCCCCUUGUGUGAAGAAGAAGAAGAAUCUAUGUCUGAGCACACUAUUUAAUAGUCAGUGGUAUUUGUGAGGAUAGUUAGCUACUCUUGCUCUGUUUCUUUAGAUGUAAUAGGUCGUUGUAGAGGGUUUGUAAGCUUGAAACAUCUGCACUUUGCUGUCAUUAACAUUUAUUUAUCCAAUUUACGUUCCUUGCCUUCA